AUGGACACACUAUCGGCCAUGUACUUUUUGAACGAUCUCGAUCGCAACGCCAUUGCUCAAGUGCGACUUGACGACCUCGAGGAAGACCUCGGUCUUGUUGGCACGCAAUGCAACAUCUGCAUCAGCAUUCUGUUCGUAGGUUACCUGCACAUGCAGAUCCCCUCGAACAUGCUCAUGUCGACGCAGAAAGUGCGUCCGUCGAUUUACAUGUGCGUCUGCGUGAUAGCAUGGGCCGUCGUCUCUGCCUUUUCAGCGCUCACGCACAACCAUACCGGCCUAGUCGUAUUCCGCUUCUUCCUUGGUAUCGCCGAGGCGCCGUAUUACCCAGGGACGCAGCAUCUGCUUUCGCUAUUCAACACGCGCAAGAAGAUUGCGACAAGAAUCAGCGUCCUGUACUCUGGCAACAUCUUCGUGACGUCCUUCUCCAGGCUCAUCGCCGAAGCAACCUUUGCCACACUGGACGAUGCCCACGCGAUGCAGGGCUGGAAAUGGUGA